UCCUCAGGGGGCUGCAGAGAACAUCUUACUUCCUCAGGAUCCAGCCGUCCAUCCGUAUUUUUCUCCUAAUUUCCACCUCCGCUGCACCACAAGACAUCCCAGCUGUACUUUGCUGUGAGAGGUGCAGGCUCUUUCGCCCGGGUCUCAGAGAAAAGAAAAGACAUCAUCAACAGCCACAGCCAUGAAUGGCACAGAAGGACCCAACUUUUACGUCCCCAUGUCUAAUAGGACAGGGUUGGUGCUCAGCCCAUUUGAGCACCCUCAGUACUACCUGGCCGAGCCUUGGAAGUACUCUCUUCUGGCCGCAUACAUGCUGUUCCUCAUCAUCACGGCCUUCCCCAUUAACUUCCUCACCCUUCACGUCACCAUCAAGCACAAAAAGCUGCGAACCCCGCUGAACUAUGUUCUGCUCAACCUGGCGGUGGCCGACCUUUUCAUGAUCGUUGGAGGAUUCACGGUGACCCUGUACACGGCUCUUCACGGAUACUUCAGCCUGGGCAUCACCGGCUGCAACGUUGAGGGGUUCUUUGCCACUUUAGGAGGGGAGAUUGCCCUCUGGUCUCUGGUCGUUUUGGCUGUUGAGCGCUACAUUGUGAUCUGUAAGCCUAUGACCAACUUCCGCUUCGAGGAAAAACACGCCAUCGCUGGCUUGGCGUUCUCCUGGGUCAUGGCCCUGACCUGUGCUGCGCCGCCUCUGUUCGGAUGGUCCCGGUACAUCCCAGAGGGCAUGCAGUGUUCCUGUGGGAUUGACUACUACACUCCCAAGCCGGAGAUCAACAACACCUCAUUUGUCAUCUAUAUGUUCGUCCUCCACUUCUGCAUUCCCCUCUUCAUCAUUUUCUUUUGCUACAGUCGCCUGCUCUGUACCGUGCGAGCGGCUGCAGCUCAGCAGCAGGAGUCUGAAACCACCCAAAGAGCAGAGAAGGAAGUGACACGUAUGGUCAUAGUGAUGGUGAUCUCCUUCCUGGUGUGCUGGGUGCCCUACGCCACUGUGGCCUGGUACAUCUUUGCCAAUCAGGGAGUUGAGUUCGGACCAGUGUUCAUGACGGCUCCAGCCUUCUUUGCCAAGAGCGCUGCUCUCUACAAUCCAGUCAUCUACAUUCUGCUGAACAGACAGUUCAGAAACUGCAUGAUCACCACAGUGUGCUGUGGAAAGAACCCAUUCGGAGAUGAUGAGGCCACCGCCGCAGUCUCCAAAACCCAGACUUCAUCCGUCUCCUCCAGCCAGGUGGCCCCUGCUUGACCCCUCACUCCCUCUUCUAUCUGCUCCAUCUGUUCCCGCUCACCAAGGGACCCACCACCGCAGAGCAUCAAUACGUUCCAUUGGCCGAUUCCUCCGGACUCACCUCCUCAGUUGUCCUCGCUGCAGUUGGUGCUCAUGCCAACUUCAGGGGGACAGACUCAAUCAAAGGCCAGCAUGUUCACUUUCAGCCCGUUUAAUUAUGGAAAGUGUUCAGAUUUUUACCCGGCAUUAUAGGGUUGUCAUCUUGAUGCGGAUCCAACUGAAUCCCUUCCAGGCCUCCCCUGCUGCUUCAGUAAACAGGUCAUAGGUGAAAGUGUGAUUCAGAGUCAUGCUCCCACUAAUAUUUAGAUAAACAUUUCUUAGCAUUUUGCAGAGAAGAUGCACACUUUUUGUAGUCAUGUACAAGCUACUGACAUAAUCCCAGCUGGAUAUUUCACUUUUCCUGUCAGAAAGUUUAAAGCUUACAUAAUUGGUUGGAUUCCUGUAUACAUUUUUUAACCAUAGUCCAUCAUUUUUUAAUCGUGUUGAGGUUCCAGCUUAAUGCUAGCCUGCUUUAUCCAUCCCAGAUCCAGUUUUGAUGAGUGUUUGGGUUCCUGGUGUCUUCAAGUUUCAACCAUGCAGCUGUGGAUUUAUGCUAUGGUUAAGGAAUGUUACUUUAGUUCAUCACUGGCAGCGUAACUAACGCUCAGCCUGAUCCUUCCUUGCUUGACAAUUGGUGGAUCCUCUCAGGUUUAAAAGCCUCACCUUUUCUCCUCUGAACAAUUUUCCCAUUUGUGAGGUCAAACAACUGAAUGUCUGUCUUAUCAAACCUGAAAACAUUUCUCCAGAAGACAUUCAUGUGCACAUCUGCAAAUCUCUGUCAACCUUGAAAGUGUCAUUUUUGGAACAGGAGGAUCUUGCUUUGUCCGCAUCUUAACAAUAGACACAGAUAUUGUUGUUCCAAAACCUUCAAAGAUACUGUAAUUUAAAAACUUGGUAGUUCUCGGGUCAUUCCUAAUCCUCUCAUUGGAAGUGACCAUUUGGGCCAGAAGGGUGAAAAUUAUACACAGUUUCAUGAUCAAAGAGGACAGAGAUACCAAACAUACGAAAACUAUUGUGGAUACUGCAGGGUAACAAUGUCACUGAGCUUAAAUCUGUUGAAAAUAUAUGGACUGUGCAAAAAAGCCACAUCAAUGCAAGGGAAUCGAAAAAAUAAAAUCAAUUUAUAUACUGUUUCUAGGUAUCAAUUCUAUCUAGAAAUGUGGUCUCAUACCCAACCGUAAUGAUGCCAGAACUUUAAUAAUGGUCACAAAAAAAAAACCAUGUGGUUUCUCUUCAACUUUCUACAGGACAUUUCUUGAAAUAUUAGUGGGAUGUGUGUAAAUAUCUGAACCUUUCUGUAUUUAUUUGCCCCUAAUUAGAUAAAGAUCAAUAAUAAACAUAUCCACCCAA